AUGGUAAAUUGGCGAUUGCCGGGCGGCACUCCUCCCCUUCUGGUGUUGACCUUCGACGUCUACCAGCAGCCCUCAGUGGCCACCACGCUCUUUGUGGCAAAAGUUGACAUCCAGAAAGACCAGCUGGCUGUCUUCUUUCCUCUCCCUCGUAAAUUGAAUUUCCAGGAAGACAACAUUCAGACGCUUCCUGAAUGUCAGUACCUGACCCUGCUGAAUAACGACGAAGGUGUCAUCCACAUACCGAGUCCAGAAUUUUGGUCUGUGGUGUCGGAAAACCAGCGACUCCAACCACUACCUGACCACGUCAGCUAUAUACAUUUAUCUACCAGUUUUGCGUUUACCUCUGAGGAAGGGUCCAAGGCGGAAUCCGAAACGCUAUACAAGUCAACUUCUAGUUCUAGCGAUUACAUCUUGUACUUCUAA